GGACGUACACACGUGCAGGCUAGCAUCCCGCGCAAAAUUUUGUAGUUGUACUUGCCAGUGAACUUGGCAAGAUGGAGAACGGCAACGAAAAGCUAAACAACCAUUGGGGAAGCGAUGAAUACUUGUCGAGGGAAGCUAAGGACAAGACUGAAGACAACCUGUUAGCGGAUGAUAGUGAUGCUUCGAGGACAGGACAGGAGGAAAGGGGGUUUGUCGGUUUGGAACGAAAGCUCGGUCUUGUAAGCGGAAUAUGUCUGAUCGUUGGCACUAUGAUUGGCUCGGGAAUAUUCGCAUCUCCUCGCUAUGUGAUGGAGAACAGCGGGUCUGUUGGACUGACACUAAUUGUUUGGUCGCUGUGCGGUGUUUUAGCGAUAUUUGGAGCACUGAGUUACGCGGAGUUGGGCACAAUGAUACCUUUGUCAGGUGCAGAAUAUGUGUACUUGCUCGAAGGGUUCGGUGCUUUGCCGGCUUUUCUGUACUCAUGGACUUCUGUCAUUGUGCUUAAGCCCUCACAAGUUGCUAUUAUCUGUCUGGCGUUUGGCGCCUACGUGAUCGAGCCGAUCUUUCCCGGCUGUGGUGACCGCGAGAACCUGCAGCCCGCCGUGAAACUCCUAGCAGCCAUCGCGAUAGGUGAGUACAAAACAUAAAAAUUAAGAUAUUGCGCAAUUUUGACAUUUGCAAAAAUAAACGAGGGGACCGAAAACAAAUUUCUCAGAGGCUCUUGUUUCGUUUUGUCUUAUUUUACCUGGUUAAAAAACAGUGUAAACAAACAAAAUGCAAACGAACGUUGUGUAAUCAUUCUGACGACAAGCUGAGGGGGAAUGUCAUCGACAUCUCGUUGGUGUGUUAAGGCGCACGACAGGCAGUUUCGUCGUGUUUGCUAUAACCUCGAAACAUCUUUAAAACUCUGUUAUUGGUUUCUAAUUUUACUCCCUUUUGAGCGAUUUUAGCAUGUACUAAUGCUCAAUAUUUUAGCUUUAUUUAUCAUAAAACGGCAUGUUUAAUAAAAACUCCGUUUGCAAUUUUUUAGUCGUUAUAAAUGCGCAAAUUGAUUCAAUUUCUAUUCUCACAUUGACUGCAUCACGCACCAGGCGUCGAAUGUUGCGAUAUUUUCUUCGAGAACGUUUUCCAGCUCGUAAAAAUCGUCGAUUCGUGUUUUGUCAACCAAAACAUUCAAGAAAGUGAAACUAAUGCGACUGCAAAUUUGUCCUAUACUUUUCUCCCUCGAUCGCCAUGUACUUUGGCUAGUUUUGGUAACUUAAAGCGCGCGGUGGGUUGUAUUUUUUAUUUGUAACUAAGGUAAGGGUAUUCGUUAAUACCAUUCAAAUUUAGUUUUUUUUCAAUCAGUGUGGGAUUUAAUGUCCAGAUAUCGAAAUGUAAGAUCGCCUUUUUUUUCUUCAAGCACCUGUCCAAUGCCGGUCUGUUUGUAAGAAGUCUCAGUUAUAGUCAGCGAGAUAUCGAUUGGCCUGCCUCGACUGAUAAAUGUACAUAUCCGCACGGCAGGCAAUAAGUACAAAAAAUCCUGAAACUUGAGAUAUUUGACAGGUUGAUGAAUUAUUUGACAACUCUUUGAAUUUGUCACGUGUUAUCGAUGAGAAUAAUUUGAUGUUAACAUGCAGAGGCACCACUGAAAGGCUGAGUUAGUGAAGAACAAUGACACAAGGUCGCCAACGAAUUUAUUGACAAGCCCUUUAGGGCCAACCAAAAAUACCAUACCAGGCUGACCUAGCCUUAAUUAUCGCAACCCACAACCCUCUAAAUCUUUCAAGGUUGGAUCAAUAACUCCCCCCAGUACAUUUUCUCUUAGAAAUACUUGCAAUUUGUCACCUCACAAUGUUUUGAACUAAGAAGUUUACAUACUACUCAUAGACUAAUAGAAAUUUGCCAUUUGCUCAUCUCCCACAGUACACUUCCCCAAAAUUUCGCAAAACCAUUGUCUUCCAAUUUCUCUUGGGACAUCUGCACCCAAGAUAAACGAAAAAAAAAAACAAACAAAAAAACAAAGGGUAUGCAAAAUUUUGUGGCGAAAACAAGGUGUAUUAUGUAUCAUUUUGCAAUGGCAAAUUUGUUUUGUUUUGUUUUGUUUUUUCCAGUUAAACUCAAUUAAUAAAUUUGUUUGUAAUUAUCAAAAUAUGUAUUUUGUUUGUAAGAUAUUUUACUGCCCCUCAUCUGCUCAUAAUGUCGUACUUAACAAUUUGUAACCUCCAGUUAUUAUAAUUUUUUGUCAAAAGCCGUGCUUUGUAUGGUCACAACCAUCAAGUGAAAUAUAAUAUCCUUUGUUGCUGAUUCAUCGUGCCUUUAAGUGAGGGAUAUUGGGGUCUUUACCAUUUUCAAAAUCAGUGUUGCGGGUUUUGCUCUUAAAAUUUACAGUUUUGGAGCCGCAUUUAAAGCUAUCAUCAGUUUUUUCUCGUGGUUACGAUUGGUUCUUAUAAAAAGGAAAGCAGGUUUUCUGGUGUCAAUCUAAUCUGUAGCCUGCAUAACUGGCGCUUUAUGAGCCAAGCGAGGCAAACACGGCGUUUCGCGUAGCCUCCCCGCAGACGUCCUUUGGGGUUCGUUUGUCACGCAUUCAUUUCUCCCCCACGGGGAGAAAUGAAUGCGUGACAAACGAACCCUAUAGGACGUCUGCGGGGAGGCUACGUUUCGCGCGAAUUGCGAGGCGAUUUUUCUCCUCCCCCUCGCCUCGUGGAUGGUUCGCGCGAAAUGCCUAUUUGCCUCGCUUGGCUCAUAAAGCGCGUGUUAUGCAAGCUAUCUAAUCUAAAGGUGCGCAUACAGGAAAAAAACAUAACCACUUUCUGAUUAUGUGGCGGUGAUUUAAUUGCUGGAAGUACCAUUUCUUCAGUGAUUUUUGAAGUAAACAAUUCUGGUUGUGAACAGUAUCAGGAGCUCCUGACAGUAUCCAAAUCAGUGUUGGAUCACAGACGUUUUUCUUUUUAUCGACAAUUCGAAAGCGCGCGCGGAGCGUGAGAACCAGGGCGACACUCCAUUGUGUUUGCGGUCAGUAAAUCUCCCUCGGUUUUUUUCUAUACUCGGGCGCCCUCGACCAUCCUUCCACGCAGACGUUUUUUGGGGGUUCGUCACGCGUUCCUGCCUCACGAAGAUGAUUGCGUGACAAGCCGAAAGAACGUGUGUGCUGCGGGGGAGGCUAGCCCAGAGGGUCUGUGUUAUACCAAAAUGUAUUCUCCUUUAACAGCAGGGAAUCAGUUGAUAGCCCGACAAUGCAAAAUAUUAACCAAGCGACACCUAACCAGUUACAGCUAGUCGAUGUUUAUAGCAAAAAGCAGCGUUCUUUGACUCCUUCUCGCCUGCAAAAGUUACCAGUUGGGCUUUGCAGUUGGGCAUAAUGGAAGAACAUGGGAUGAGAAACCAUAGCUACCAUGACGCAACAAGCCAGGCUGAUUUACUGGCAAGUCAAGCCGACUGUAUUGGCGACGAGAGCAAAAUAAAUCCCGCCACCACUCAAGCUCUUCAGCUGGAGAAGCAAGUCGGCCUUAGCGGAAGCAUUUCUCUUAUCGUAGGUACAAUGAUUGGCAGCGGAAUAUUCGCUUCAGCCAGUGGAGUGUUCAGUCAGGCGGGCUCUGUAGGUUUGACUUUAUCAGUGUGGGCAGGAUGCGGUAUUAUCGCAAUGCUCGGUGCAUUGUGUUAUUGCGAGUUGGGAACCAUGAUUCCGAAAUCUGGAGGCGAGUUUGUGUACCUCCUGGAAGGUUUAGGUGCGCUGCCCGCAUUUCUGUACAGUUGGACUUCGGUUGUCCUUCUCAGGCCGGCGCAAACGGCCAUCAUCGCUCUCGCUUUUGGAAGUUAUGUCGCCGAGCCCUUUUUUCCCUCGUGUGUCAGUCAAGAUUCGGAGCGACCAGACUUAGACGUUUUGGUGAAGAUAUUGGCUUCCCUGUGCAUUGGUGAGAGCCUGCCUGUUCUAUUUCCAGGGGGGUGGAGACGGCUGACAUUUUAGACUGCCAUAGCGUGCACCACAGGCGGCACCAAGAUUACGUCUGCCACGCGGUAUUAGGUCGUUUCGCCCGUACUUAAGUCGAUUUGUUCGAUGUCUGUCGUUCUUUUAAGCCUGGAAAAAGGGAUAAGCAUGAAGAUAUGGACUGCACAUGUGGAAUCCAAGCUUAACUAAAAGAACAUCUCACCGAGUUGUAGAAUGUCAUCGGGCGAAUUGACUUAAGUCCCGGAAAAACGGCGCAGGGCGAAACGACCGCAAUUCCUGCGACGUGUUAUCACUGUUUAGAGAGAAUUUUAUCUUACGUCAGUUUGUGUCCUCAGAAUUUACAAGAAGAAAACAUCUUGAAAAGUUUAUGUUAAGCCCAAGAAGGCAUGGACUUUCGUUACUGGACGACAUUAAGUUGGGUAUUUUUCUUUCCCAUCGACAAUUUCCCCCCACAGGAAAGAAAAGUGCCGUUAUCAAAGAGGAAUAAUCCCCAAGGAAAUUCCAUGGAGAGCUUUUAGAGUUAAUUUCUGGGUUAAUUGUUUACGUGAAUGCCUAUUCUAGACAUUUAAAAUCCGGUUCAAAAGUUUUAGUAGGUUAGAGAUAAGCUCCAAACUUUCGACACUUUUAAGUCCCGGUCAUCCUCUGCGACUAACAAGUGUUGAUUGCCAGUGUUUGACAGGAAGCAGUUUUUUGGCAUUUCCUAGCCUAAGUGGCAGGCGUUAAAAGGGGAAGGGGGAAUUUGGGCGUGCGGGGGGCGCGGGCGUGCGAGAAAGAAAGGAAAGGUUCCCCUCCUCCCUCCUCGCUCGGGCGCGAUCUCGCGCCCUUAUUCCCUUCCCCAUCCUUUUCGAACGCCUGCCACGCAGGCUGGGCAUUGCCCAACAAAAACCACUCGCUGAGGAAAAUAUAAGUACUCACACAGUUUUUUUUCUGUCGCUUUGUUCCCUUUUCAGUCUUACUGUAAUGAAAACAAUAGAGAUUAUAGAAUACCAGCCUUUGUUUGAGUCGACUUAAAUUUGUACUUCUUUUCAUUGCAGCGAUCAUUCUGUUUGUGAAUUGUGCGAGUGUGAAGUGGGCUUCGCGGAUGCAAAUCGUAUUCACUGUUUGCAAGAUGGCGGCAAUAGUCAUGUUGAUUAUCACUGGUAUUGUUCGCCUUGGACAAGGUGAGGAUGUCACCGCUUUUAUGCAGGGGCGGAUCCAGGAUUUUUCUUAGGAGGGGGUGCACUCCUGCUCUACUUCAACACCAAUAAACCACAUAGUUUUUUUUGCAGAAUACCAGUUGUAUUAGAAAACAGCAGGUCAUCUCGGGGGGGGGGGGGGGGGGGCACCCCCCGCCCCCCCCCCCCAGAUCCCCCCCCGUUAUGCUUAUUUUUAAGUUUUUUUUAAAAGCUCACAACGAGAGAAUUUUCCAGCUUUUUCUGUUGUAGUGCAUUCACGGUUUUGGGCAAUAUUUACCUUUAGUUUGUUAUAUAUAGAACAUGUUCUUAGAAAAAACACUAUGUUUACGGGGGGGGGGGGGGGCGGAGUGCGCACCACCUGCACCCUCCCCCUAGAUCCGCCCCUGUUAUGCUUAUAUUUAAGUUUUUUUUAACAGCUCACAACGAGAGAAUUUGCCAGCUUUUUCGGUGCUAGAUCAUCCACGGUUUUGAGCAAUAUUCACCUUGACAAAAAUUGGGUCCUUAUUUCCAAAGGGUGCUCAACACUAGCAUCUUAUCACCUCCUCUUUCCACUGAAUCAUACUGAUACCAGUUGCUCUUACAAGGGCUCUUAAACAAAGCCGAUUUUCUGUGGUAUUAUUUUUAAAAAGACUGUAAGUUUCGAUUUUAAUUCGUGCUCGCAAACUAGUGGCAAUUUCACUGAGAUUUGGUGCCAUGUGUUUCAACCUACUCGAAUUUGAUGAUUUAUCUGCGAUUUCCUGUUCGAAGGUUAGAAAAAACAUAACCGAGGCGAACUGUUUACAUCGCAUGAAGCGUUUAAACAUGCAGCGUUUUUGCGGAAGUUAAGCGCGGGAAAACACAUUACUCAUGGUUGCCACAGGUCAGGGAAAAGUCAGGAAAUUUCACUUCGAGUCAGGGAAAAUUGAAGUGAUUGAAAGAAGUCAGGGAAAAGUGACAUUUUAAGAGUACAUUUGUACAUUUUACGCACAUGAAUCGUGUUUGGUAGUGUUGUUCAUGAAAUUGAACAACAAGCUGAUGUUGGAUUUCAGGAAAAUUAAUCCUUUUUGCACGUUAUGUUAAGGAACUAUAAAUUCAUGUACACCGCACUUGACUUGCUGGAAGUAUAAAUAAAUGGGUGGAAGGGAUGGCUGUGAGGGGAGCAUAAUUUGUGAAAUUGUUAAUUCAGUUGGUCAGGAAAAUUUUACAUUUGUCAGGGAAAAGUCGGGGAAUUUCAGAAACCUCUGGCGCCGGCUUUAGGGCGAAGGGAGGAAUUUUAAAGACGCGCAUACAUGAGAGCGGAGAAAAGAGUAGAGGCCUUCUCUCCCCUUUACCCUCGCGCGCUCGUUUAGGUAGGAACGAAAUGUUCCUCAAGCAUAAUAGAGCGAGCAAAAUACGAAAGCUUGCUUAAAAAUCGCCACCUGCGAGUAAGGUGAAACGCGAAGGGUAGAGGCAAAUUUCGUUUUUCCAUACGUUCGCGUAUUUUGCUCCCCCUACCAUUUUCGCGGAUGGCGAUAUUCAUUACAGCAAGCGUGUUAAAAAAAUUCGCUCUCUUUUUUAUCCCCAAAGUAAAUGACAGUCUACUUGUAGUCUAGAGAUUCUACUAAAAAAUCCAUUGCUGCUAAAAACUGCUUUGAAACAACAUCCGCUUAAAAGUUGUUUAUCAUCUUUAUUUGAAGAUUUCUCUUGGUGUUACUUUACACAGGAUACACAGAAAGUUUUCAGAAUUCCUUUAGCGGUACAACAAGCAGAAUUGGUCUUGUGGGAUUUGCGUUUUACAAUGGUUUGUGGGCCUAUGAUGGCUGGUAAGUCAGUCCUCCAAUCUUUUUCUGCUGGCGGUGCUAGGAUGCUCUUGGCGCCAGUCUCCGUUGUAAACUACUGAACAACUUUGUAUUUUAAUACCUAGGUCAUGUUGUUUGCACGAAAAAUUGAUUCAUCAAAUAAGCACCUCUACUCAAAUAAGCGCCCCUUCCAAUAUUUGCCCUCUCCCACGCCUUACCCUAAAUUUGAGGAUGUACGGUAUGUUUUGCUGAAUUGGUUUGUUUCUUCACCAUUAUUUAUAAAUUUACUUCUUUUUUAACGUACAGGAAUAAUUUGAACUACGUCACGGAAGAACUGAAGAAUCCUUACCGGUAAGACACUAAUAAUAAUUAUUAUUAUAAUUAGAGGAGUGAUGAUGAUGAUGAUGAUGAUGAUUCAGUUACUUAUACAGCACCAGCUUCUUCCAUUAACGGUCAAUCGUUGAAGUUGCCUGAUGAGUGUGGUUCUACAAUUUCGGACCAUACGAAAAAGCACUGUCGCAAUAAACAAUCAAUGAUUACUUCUGAAGCCUGAACUCCUGUGAUUAUUGAUACAUAAUGAUAUAAAUAUACAGUGUAAAAUGUAAUAUAAUAAGAAUAAAUUACUAGAUCAAAUAAUCUAAAUAAAUAAACCUAAAAGACACAAAUAAUUAACUCAGAUCAACUGAGAUGCAUAGUUAACUGACCAUAUACAGUUAGGCGAUGUUUCUGGCAGGAACCCAUUUUCUAUUCAUUUCUUACGUUGUCAAGCGAUUUAGCCUUUGAAGUAACGUCAGCAUCAUGGCCUUCCCGUUUUCAUUAAUUUCAACCUGUAAAGGCAUCUAUUCUCCCCACUCCCAACCCCUCGAAAACGUGAGUUUUGUGGACGUGUGACUCUUGUUCGCUGUGAAACGUUUGGAGCUUCCGGCGGCUCGCGGCUUACGCGUCCGUUUGAGUGAAAGUGUGAUGGGGAUGCAAAACCCUCAUAUGAUCUACUCUUAUUGUUUUCUUACAGAGACUUGCCGCUGUCCAUUUUAAUUGGCAUUCCCCUAGUAACGGUCUGUUACGUGCUAGUAAAUAUCGCUUAUUUGGCAGUACUAACGUCCGCGGAAGUCAUGGAGUCAAGUGCUGUCGCCGUGGUAAGUAACAGUUGUCGCCUUAGGUUUAGUCUGUCUCAAGCUCUACCCGCCACCCAAGAAAUAGACUAGUGACCUUACCAUCCGACCACGGCAUUGCCGAAGAAAGCGUCGUAGAAAAACUGUCUUCACAUCCUUUCAAACCUUUUCGUGGUUAUUCCAAUAAGCGGGUCCGAAUUCAGACAGAGAUUUUCGCCUUACCGUUCCCGUUUUUAAGUAAACUGAAAAUUUGGUCAUUUGAGGUCGUAGCUGUGUAGACGGCACAGAAAUUGACAAAAAAAGCGCCUAUUGUGUUGAGGCGUUUCCCGGCAUUGCCGUCGCCGUCGUAGUUUCGUGAGGUCCCUACUGGCCCUGAGACAGCACGGAUGGGAAGUCGAGCUCAGUCUAAUUUCACUGAGGUCAAACGAGAUGUGUGCCAAAAUGAAGGAAAGUAGGUAGACGGCUUAGGCUGCAAGCAGACUCUUAUCUCAAAACCACCCUCCACUCAAUCAAGAGCUUGCUUGCAAGUUUGAUGCACUACCAGUAAACUAAAAAAGUAAAACGCGAGUGCAAAAGCUCAAUGGAGGCUCGCUGCCGUCACCGUCGUAGUUGGCUCCAUUCUGCGUUAAAACAUUUAUACCGGUUUUUUAACGUUCUUGAAAAAACGAUGGUAAUAACCAUGAUUAUUUUGAAUUUUGUUCUUUUGUUGUUGCUACAAACAAGGUACUUUCUAUUUUGAGAUUUGUUUGCUCGGAAGUUUUGAGUUGUUUUAAAAGAGUAAUUUGACCAAAUUUGAGAGCGUUUGCGCUCAAAUUUAGCCCAGUGUGUCGAUGUUCCGCUAAAACUCAGUUACAGAACUCAAGGGAAGGUAAACAGGAGAGUUUUAAUUCCCGGUUUUCAAAUAUUGCAUGCAUUUUAGACCUUAGCAGAUCGUUUGUACGGCGUCAUGGCCUGGGUUAUUCCAAUAUUUGUUGCAUCGUCAACAUUUGGAGCAGCUAACGGAUCAGCUUUUAGUGGUGGAAGGUUGGUAUUUCAGCGUACUGAAAUUCUGCUUAUUAUAUUGGUUGAAGUCUUACUUACUGUUGUUUUCAUCUAGGCCUGGCAACUUAUGUGAACAUGAUCAAAUAGUUACUACAUAGGGACUUACUGAAUCGUGUUAUAGCCAGGCAUAUAUACAGCUUAACCCUUUAAGGCCCGAUACCCUCAUACAAUUCUUUAGACAGAUCUCCAUACAUUUCCAUCAACAAUUAAUUUGGGGAAUUUGGUAACAGAUCAAAGUAUUUUCCUGUAGGUGAUUACUUUAUGAAUUCUCAUAACCUUUACUCUUGAUUAUGUGUCGAUAUGAUUAGGAGAAAAUUGAUGUUGAUCACUCUUGGAACUUGAAGGGUUAACUUCUUGAUUAUCCCUCCGGAUAGAUUUAUUCAUGAAUGUUAGCAAAUCAUGAUGAAGAUCCUAGGUUAUUCAAAGGAGCAUUUGAAGCUGAUUCUUUCCUAUUAGAGCUAAUUUAACUUUGAACAAAUGGACCCUGUAGUUAUCAUAAAAAAUGAGCCCAACAACGAGAUUCAUACAUUCUCUCUCUAUGUUACUGUAGAUUAGUAUUCGCCGCCGCCCGAGAAGGACAUUUGCCCAAGUUCCUUGCCAUGAUUCACACAAAGAGACACACUCCCCUUCCCGCCAUGCUGUUCACGGUAGGUCAAAAGAACCGAAUUGACAACAGACAAACUGACAUUACUAUACGCUGGCUUCGCGGCGAGCAGGCUUGAUCAAGGGAAUUCACCCCGUGGGGGUACUCCUAGGAAUUAUUGGUAGGGGUGUGCCGCCCAGUUCUCUAAAUCCUGACCCUAUUUCAGACCAAAAACUGUAAUUUUCUACACCCGUUUUCAGACCAGACCUCUAAAAUCCAAACCCGUUUUCAGACCUGGGACCCGUUUCUCGAAAGUCCCGAUAAUUAACGGGCCCGGUAAGCUGUCUCCGUUUACAUUAAAGAUUGAGGUUUCAAUAGUUUUGCAUCUAACAUGAUAAAACUAUCAGUUAAUGAAACAAAAUGGAGUAGCUUGCUAGCCAGGACCGGCGCUCUCCUUCUUUUUAUUUCGAUUUGAAUAUUUGAGUUCGGGCCCGAAAAGUUACCGGGACUUUCGAGAAACGGGCCCCUUGUCUUUAGACAGAAAUUAUGUCAUCAUUUCUUAGAUAAGAGCGCAAACAAACAAUUUCUCCAAAUGCAUUUCGAAUUCGCAAAUUUCUACUUCGUUCUUAUUCAUUUGGAAUUGAAACGAUAAAUACGUUCAUACACCCCCGUAGUUCCAUCGAAAACCAUACCCGAUUCCAGACCAAAAUGGGCAAAGUGUAUACCCGUUUUCAGACCAGAAAGGACAAAAAACCCUACACGUUUGGGCGGUACAUACCUAUAUGGCUUAUAUAGGGUAGUCCUCCCCCCCGGCGGGAAUUCACCCAGCAGAUAAGUUGGGCCUAUGGGUUAUCAGCUAGGGAAUCUCAGCUUUACCGCUUUUUGUUCCUGCCGGAAUGCAGGAAAGCAUUUUUUUUUUUGCUAUGCAAUAAAUUCUGUAUUAAUAACGCUAGUUCCCGUGAAAAUAGGCUAGAUAUUGCUCGUUCUUCUCUCUCUCUUUCUCUCUCUUUGUUGUUCUUUUUGCAAGAAAAGAACUUGGAAAAUAUCCAGCUUUCCUAACCUUAUAUUCUCAGUGAAAUAUGCUCCUUUUAUUUUUGGUUUUAUUUUAUAAGUCUAGCUUAGGAAGAUUAUCUUACGCUCAUUCAGUCAUUUUUCGCGACUAUGUUAUGAACUGAGAACCCGUGUUCUUUAAAUACAGUCGACUCCCUCUUAACGGACACCUCUAUAAGACGGACACCUCUGUAAAACGGACACCUAGAGUUGGUCCCUGCCUUUCUUUACUCCCUUUAUUUGACUCUCCACAAGAAGGACACGUCUCUAAGACGGACGCUUAGUGCCGGUCCCAAAGGUGUCCGUCUUAGAGAGAGUUGACUGUAUACUUUUGUAAUAUAACUUUAUAACUUUCCUCCGCGAAGGCCUCUUUGUGUCGUAGGGAGGCUGGGGAGAAGGAAAAAAAGGCAUCGGGGGACGAUGGGAAGGGAAAAGAGAGGAAGCGAGGCCUCGGCUCCUGCCAUUUCCCCCUUCCCAUCGUCCCCCGCGCGCUUUCCUUUUUUCGAUUAUUGCAAUUUUUACUGUUGUGAUACCCAGCAGGAACCUCUGUGGAGGAAAGAGUAAUAACUUAACAUAUUCGGCUACCAUUUCACCGAUCUUUUCACACUUACUGCUCACUAGCCUCCCACGCAGACGUUCCUAGGGCUUCCUCAGGCGUACCCAAUCGUCUGACGAAGCCCCUACAGAACGUCUACGUUGAAGGCUAGCCAUUCACGUUUCUUCUGGCAGUUUUUCGUUUAUUUUCCCUGUUUCUUUUUUUAACCUCAGAGUAUAAUUGCCUGGAUCAUGUUACUGCCCGACUCCAGCUCUUUUGAGACGCUAAUAAACUACUUCAGUUUUGCUGCUUGGGUUUUCUAUGGUGUCACGGUGUCUGCUCUCAUCUGGCUUCGUUAUCGGAAACCUGAAAUGAAACGACCCUAUAAAGUGAGUCAUGUUGCCUUAAUAAUUAAUUACGCUAAGGAACCAAGGUCCUCGAUGAUUGGUCCCUUGUGUUAGGGCAGGGGGGUGGGGCAAGGGUUAUAGAUAGGGAAGCCUGAAAGCGAGGCUCAGGCAGACUAAGUUGGGAGAGAGACAGAAAAGACAUACUGAAAGUCUUGGGAAAAAUUGUUAUAGGUCAAGGGAAAUUAUGGAAAUCUGUAAACGCUAUUGCAGCACAACAAACGUUCGGAUGGAAAACUAUACCAACUGAAAAAAUCUACCAGAAUAAGGUGUGCAACGAUUCACCGAUGCAUCGGUUAACCGCGAUAUUUGUUCUAACGAUACAAAUAUCGAUAUUUCAACAAGAUAUCGCGAUAUUGCGAUACAAUAAAAUUGUGUCAGUCGUAUCAUGUGAAACUGUAUCGUUGCAGCCAUAACCAGGACCCUACAUUAGGUACUGAAAUCAUAUUGAUAGGAGAGGCUUUUAUGUUGCUAUGGACAGCUUUUGAGUGGAAAUGAUAAAUAACUGAAUAUACACAGUUUUAUAUCGAUAGAAAGUCUACAGGCAGUUAGGAAUAUUACAGAACGAUUGACUACCACGAAGAUCAGAAUGCCAUGAUGUUGUGCAGCCUAAUUUUAUUUACGAUUCUUCUUUUUUUUGUAACAUUCACUUCAAGUAGCCUGGUAAAAGAUAAAGAGACAUUGUAGACAGCAAUGCUGUAGUUUGAGGGGCAAGGUCGGUAAAGAGACAGCUAAAAGUAGGUUAUGUAUUCCUUGGAAGGCCUAGCUAGAGAUAGGAAGAACGUGAUGGAAGAAAGGAAGAUUGGUCACUGGAAAUAAAAUGGAAUGACAUGGAGUCUCAGCUAUUCAGUGGUAAGCAACAAAAGCUGGAGGACCAGCCAACCAUAAUAACUGAAUACUGAAUACCUUGUUUCAAUUUGCGCGUGUCGGAAGAAACACUUAGAAUAGCAAGGUAGAAAGGCAGGAGAGAAAUUAAACAGAGAGACACUGGAACCUUCGCCUUUAAUAUGUCGGGCAUAGAAGCCGAGAACCCAUCAAAUGUACCUUGAGUUUUGGCUGAGUGAAAUCCAUCGAAUACGCCGCCAUUUGUUAUAUCAAUGACUGUUUUCCUAUAUCAGGUUCCAAUAAUAGUACCCAUUCUUGUCUUGCUGGCCUCAUUUUACCUGGUAAUAGCACCUUUCUAUGAAGCACCUCUGGAAUCCUUCUUCUGCUUGCUCUUCAUUUUGGCUGGAAUACCUUUCUAUCUUAUUUUUGUCUAUUUUGACAUCGUGCCUCGAAGCUUCUUUGCGGCAAUUGGUAAGUUGUUAUUUCUUUCUUUCUUUUUUUUUAACUGA